GUUGCGGUGAGCCGAGAUUGCACCAUUGCACUCCAGCCUGGGCAGCAAGAGUGAAACUCCGUCUCAAAAAAAAAAAAAAAACAAAAAAGAAGAUUGAUCAACUGGGAGAAGAUAUUUGCCGUUUACCAUAUUUAUAACCCCUAGAAGCUAAUGUCUAGACAGGAACCCUGAAAAUCAACAGAAGAGGGCAGGAGAUCCAGUGGAGAAGUGGGCAAAGCAUAGGAAAGGACCACCCACAGAUGGCUAGUGAGGACGCGAAAAGACCUUCAACCUUAUUUUUAAUCAGAGUUAAGCAAUGAAAACAAAACGCCCCUGGUUUUUGAAGAGAAUGGAAACACCUGCAGUCUUACUGAUAUGUUACAUUUAGCGCGUGGUAUUUAGUGAGAGGCAUGAGCAGCUGUGAGAGGCGUGAGCAGCUAUGUGCUUACCUGCGGCAUACAGUGGGAGUCGUUACGUGACUUCUGCCUUUCAAGCACAUACAGUGUAAUGGGGUCCAUCCAUCACACAAAUAUACUAGCUCUGUACACAGCCUUGAGGAGGAGCAAUAUUUUUGGUUGUUGUAAACUGCAUUUUUUUUUUUUUUUGGUAUGGCCUUUUGAUUCUGGGAAGCACAUUCAUUCUAUGGCUAUUGCCUUUUUAGAUCAUGAAAGCAUCAUUCCAUAUUGAUGAAGAAGAUGUAGAUAUGGCACUGAUCAACACCUCAGUCGCCUUCCUUCCAAAACAGAUACUUCUCAAGAAAUCUGGGGCCGGGAGUGGUGGCUCAUGCCUGUAAUUCCAGCACUUUGGGAGGCCAAGGUGGGCAGAUCACAAGGUCAGGAGAUGGAGACCAUCCUGGUUAACACAGUGAAAACCCAUCUCUACUAAAAAUACAAAAAAUUAGCCGGGUGUGGUGGCGGGUGCCUGUAGUCCCAGCUACUCGGGAGGCUGAGGCAGGAGGAUGGCGUGAACUCAGGAGGCAGAGCUUGCAGUGAGCUGAGAUCGUGCCACUGCACUCCAACCUGGGCAACAGAAUGAGACUCUAUCGCAAAAAAAAAGGAAAAGAAAUCUGUUCUCCCAGGCUCCCCAUUUCAGCAUCCCACUCAUUGAUCAUUGAAAACUCAUUCGCUAGGUUCACCACUCCUGGGUGUUAUGCUGAGGAAUGAGGAUAUUCAUCAUGGUGGAUUAUAUGGCAGCAAAGAGCUCAAAAAAGGGUGAUGGAUGUGGGAAAUGGGGGGCAGGAAUCUAGUGGAACACACUUCAGUGGCCAGAAAUAAUGCAUUGUAUUUUCAUGUAGCAAUACAUGCCAAAAGCACCAGAUUUGCUUAAAAGGCAAGAAACAGAACAGAAUUUAUAACCAUCAUGAAUUUAAAUAACAUACACAAGGCUGGACGCAGUGGCUCACGUCUGUAAUCCCAGCACUUUGGGAGGGCCAGGCAGGUGGAUUACUUGAGUCCAGGAGUUCGAGACCAGCCUGGGCAACGUGGUGAAACCCUAUCUCUACAAAAAAUACAAAAAUUAGCCAGGUGUGGAGUGUGCGACUGUAGUCCCAGCUACUUGGGAGGCUGAGGCAGAAGGAUCGUUUGAGCCCGGGAUGUGGAGGUUGCAGUGAGCUGAGAUUGCACCGUUGCACUCUAUCUCCAGCUUGGGUGACAGAGCAAGACCUGUCUCAAAAACAAAACCAAAACCAAAUACAUACACAUUGAAAAAUGCUACAUAUUUGUCAUGAUUAUAUGCAAAUGUUUGUAAAUAACUUAUGGAAGAUGAAUUGGAAAGAUACCUGCAAGGAUGGAUGCCUAUGGGUGGAGAGGAUGAUGGGACUUGGGAUAAUGAAGGAGAAAAAAGUUAAAUAAAAAUGUCUAUAUAGGAUUCAUUAGCUGAGGAUUGUGAUCUAUAAAAUUCUCAGCACAUAUAUGAUGCAUGCAUAUAUAUAUAUAUGUAUAUAUAUAUUUUUUGAGAUGGAGUCUCACUCUGGUUGCCCAGGCUGGAGUGCAGUGGCGCGAUCUUGGCUCACUGCAACCUCUGCCUCCUGGGUUCAAGCGAUUCUUCUCCCUCAGCCUCCUGAGUAGCUGGGAUUACAGGCGUGCCCCACCAUGCCCAGCUAUUUUUUUUGUUAGUUUUAGUAGAGAUUGGGUUUCACCAUGUUGGUCAGGCUGGUCUCAAACUUCCGACCUCAGGUGAUCUGUGCGCCUCGGCCUCCCAAAGUGCUGGGAUUACAGGUAUGAUCCACGGCACCCAGCCAGGCCUUUGUUUUUAUUUUGCCUACUAUUAGUAUAGCUUUCUUUGCAUGUUAUGUCUUUUUCUAUCCCCCCCUUCUUUUUUUUUUUUUACAGUUUUGAAUCCUUAUGUUUUAGAUGCAACUUUUGACUUUACAUAUAGUUAUACAUUUUUAAAGAAAACUUGUCUAGCAAUCUUUAUAUGAAAACUAGAGCAUUUUGUCCAUUUACUUGUGAAAUAAUUACUGAAAUAUUUGGGUUUAAAACCUAUGUUCUUAGUCUGAAUUUUCUAUUGCAUCACCUGAUCUAUAUUUCUUUUUCUCUUCUGUUCUUUUUGAUUAGUGCUUUUUUAUUCUAGUUUUUUAUGUAAUUGUUUGACUGUCAUACAUGACUUUGGUUAGGAGUCUUGGAUCUUCUUUGCUUCUUUUCAAUUUUUGUCAUUGUCUCUUGAAUCCUUUUUAGUUCUUCAUUUCUUUUUGGUUUUUAAAAUUUAUUGUACUUUUUUACUCAUACGUUUGUCCCACUUUAGACUUUAUUUCUAGAGUGAUUUCUUUAACUCUAAUUUUCUCUUGAGUGAUGUCCCUUCAUUUAGCAAUUCUUCUAUUUAUGACUUUUGUUGUUCAUUUAUGUCUCUUUUUUUGAGAUGGGGUUUCACUCUGUUGCCCAGGCUGGAGUGCAGUGGCAGGAUCAUAGCUCACUGCAGCCUCAACCUCCCAGGCUCAAGCAAUCCUCCCGCCUCAACUUCCCUAGCAGCUGGGAUUAAAGACACACACCACCAUACCCACUUAGUUUUUAAAAUGUUUUGUAGAGGUGGGGGGGUCUCACUAUGUUGCCCAGGCUGGUUUUGAACUCCUGGCCUCAAGUGAUCCUCCUGCCUCACCUCCCAAAGUGCUGGGAUUACAGGUGUGAGCCACCGCGCCCGGCCUUAUUUAUGUCUGGUGUCAUUUCCUUUCAUUGUUCAUUAGCUCCUUUGGAAACAGUAGGCUACCACUGUGAUCUGUUUCACGGCAGGCUUCCUAGCUUUCUUCCAUUGCCUCUAGGGACUUACCGAGGGCCCUUGCACCCACUCACCACUAGAGGGAGGAAAACCUUCCCCAUUUCAGGAGCCAAAUCCAAAAUUCAUGCUGCGCUUUUCCAGCACACACCUGUUGGCUCUUUUGAGGUUCCCCUGUUUUCGUCUCUGUUAGAUGUUUCUUCGCUUUCUCCUGCACAGGCACUGAAACCCUGGGGGACUGUGGCUCUUGGAAAUUUAUCCCCACCUUCUUGUACUUUUAGGUUCACCUGCUUUUUCUUAAGACACCAUCUCACUUUAUAUUGCCCAGGCUGGAGUUCAGUGGUGCGAUCACAGCUCACUGCAGCCUCAGACUCCUAGGCUCAAGCCAUCCUCCUGCCUCAGUCUCCCAAGUAGCUGGGGCUGCAGGUUUUUGCUACCAUGCCUGGCUUACCUGGUUUUGUUAUAAGUCUCCAGCAUGCAUUUUUGGUUUUGUUACCGAGUUGCUCGGUGUCCUGUGGGCUGUGGGAAUGUACAGGGCCCAAAUGUAAUGAACUCUGCGUUCAUGUCUGCUGCCACCUUCUGGAGUUUCCCAGUUUGGAUUUUUGAGUAAACUGUCUUAAGCAGCAUUUCCUUUUAAUGUCGCGAAACUAACGAUAGCCAUGUCCCCUAGCAAGAUGCACCUUUGACACACUUUUAUUCCCUCUCCUAAAUGUGGCUGAAUUAAUCUAAGCCUUUAUUUCUAGAUUAUUUCAUUUUUCCUUACAUUGCAUCUCUUUUCUCUCAGAAAUUUGUCCUGGAAAUUCCCACUCUGCUCUUCCCCGGCAUUAUCAGCCGUCGCUUAGAUCUAUGGAGACAACAGGAAGGAAAGAGACCUUCCUCGUCACACUUGGGCCGCAGGAGAACAGGCAGCGGCCCAGGAGGAUCCAGGGUCCUGAUGGUGGUUGAGAAGCUGGUUCUUAGUGAUCACUCAGAAACGUCGGCCUGGCCUUGUGGGGUCAGACCUUGCAUCUCAGUCAGCCCAGGGAGAAGAAGAAGAUGGUCCACACCCAAGUGCAGGGAACAUCGUGGCAGCCAGCUGGGUGCCUGCGUCCAGGCAAGGACACCUCCCGCAUCAGGGAAACACACGUUUCUGGAGUGAGGAGGCUGAAGGCAGGGCCCAGAGGAGAGCCGAGCCAUGGAAGGAGGCGUGUGCAUGGAUGGAGAAACCUGAAGGUCUGGAUCCAGAGCCUCAGAUCUUACACUGGCAGCACACAGGGACACAGCAGCUGGACUGGCAGCAGCGGGGCUUGCAGCAGCUGGACUGGCAGCAGGAUGAUCCACAGCCUGAGGAGCAGCAACAGGGCUUACAGCAACUGCACUGGGAGCAGCCACAGGAGCCACAGCCCCCCUUGGAACCCCCACAGGAGCCACAGCCCCCCUUGGAACCCCCACAGGAGCCACAGGCCCCCUUGGAACCCCCACAGGAGACACAGCCCCCCUUGGAGCCCCCACAAGAGCCACAGCCCCCCUUGGAGCCCCCACAGGAGCCACAGCUGGGGCAGGAACAGGCUGGCACCCAGGAGCACACGGGCUUGCAGCAGCAGACAGGCACAUAACAGCUGGAGCCACAUCCCCCACAGCUGGAGCCGCAGCCCCCACAGCCGGAGCCACAGCCCCCACAGCCGGAGCCACAGCCUCCGGAGCAGCCACAGCAGCCCAUGGUUCUGGUGGAUUGAGGGUGGAGCAGGUAGAGGAGCAGGCAUGACUGCAGAGGGAGCUGAACCGACAUUUCUGAAGGAAGACGUGCAAAUGACCAAUGAGAGCUUGAAGAAAUUCUCAGCAUCAUUCAUCAUCAAAGACACACAAGUCAAAACCACAACGAGGUGUCCUCUCAUCCCACAGAAUGGCCACGAUCAAAAAGGCAAAAAUAAAUCCUGCAGAGGAAGUGAAGAAAGGGAACUCGCAUGCUGUUAGUGGGAAGUUGUACAACCACUAAGGAAAAUGGUUUGGAGGUUCCUCAAAAAGCUCAAAAUAGAGCUAACCCAGCAAUCUGUCAUGAUAUUUUGAUACACGUAUACAAUGUGUAGAGAUCAUUCAGAGUGAACAGUAUAUCAUCUCCUCAAACAUUUAUCAUUUCUUUGUGUUGGGAACACUCAAUAUCUUCUCCUCUAGCUAUCUGCAAAUGUGCAAUAAAUUAUCGUUAACCCCAGUCAUCAUACAGUGCUACAGAACACUAUGGCUUAUUCCCCCUGUGUGGCUGUAGUUUUGUAUAUGUGAACCAGGCUCUCCCCUUUCCCUCCUCCCCACCCCUUCCCAGCCCCUGCUUACCACCCUUCUACUCUCUACUCCUGAGAUCAACUUCUUUAGCUUGCACCGGUGAGUGAGAUCAUGCAGUUCAUCUUUCUGUGCCUGGCUUAUUUCAUUUAACAUAAUGUCUUCCAAGCUCACCUGUAUUGUCACAUAUGGCAGAAUUUUGGUCUGUUUUAGGGUUAAAUAGAAUUCCACUGUGUGUAUACACCAUCUUUUCUUUUCCAUUACUUUUCCAUUCAUCUGUUGACAAGCACUUAGGUGCUUUCAUAUCGUGGCUAUUGUGAGCAGUGCUGCAAUAAACAUGGGGUGCAGAUGUCUCUUCAACACACUGAUUUAUUUUCCUUUGGAUACACACCCCAUAGAGAUCGCGCCACAGCACUCCAGCCUGGGCGACAGAGCGAGGCUCUGUCUCAAAAAAAAAAAAAAAUCCUAGAAGAAAAGUUAGGAAAUUUCCUUCAUGAUAUCAGCCUCGGAAAAAAAAAGUAUGGCUAAGUCCUCAUAAGCAAUUGCUACAAAAACAAAAAUUGACAAGCGGGACCUAAUUAAACUGAAGAGCUUCUGCACAGUAAGAGAAACUAACAGGGAGUCAACACUCAACCUACAAAAUGGGUGAAAAUAUUCACAUGCUGUGCAUUUGACAAAAGUCUAAUAUCUGCAAUCUACAAGGAACUUAAACAAAUCAACAAGCAAAAGACAAAUAACUUCAUUAAGAAGUGAGUAAAGGAUAUGAACAGACACUUCUCAAAAGAAGACAUGCACAUGGCCAACAGCUAUAUGAAAAAAUGCUCCACAUCACUAACUAUUAGGGGAAUGUAAAUCAAAACCACCACGAGAUACCAUCUCAUAUCAGUCAGAAUGGCUUUUGAUAAAAAGUAAAAAACAACACAAAACAAAAAAACCUAAAAUCAGAUGCUGGCAAAGCUUGAGAGAAAAGGGAACACUUGUACACUGUCGGUGGGAAUGUAAAUGAAUUCAGCCACCACGGAGAGCAGUUUGGAGAUUUCUCAAAGAGCUAAGAAUUGAACUACUAUUUGACCCAGCAAUCUCAUUAUUGGGUAUAUACCCAAAGGGAAAUAUAUCAAUCUACCAAAAAGACACAUGCAUCUAUAUGUUAAUUGCAGUGCUAUUCACAGAAGCAAAGAUGUGGAAUCAACCCAGGUGCCCAUCAAUGGUGGAUUGGAUAAAGAAAAAGUGGUACAUAUACACCAUGGAAUACUACACAGCUACAAAAAAGAAUGAAGUCAUAUCUUUUGCAGCAAUAUGGAUGAAGCUGGAGGCCAUUAUCCUAAGAGAACUAAUGCAGAAGCAGAAAACCAAAUACCACAUAUUCUCACUUAUAAGUGAGAGCUAAACUUUGAGUCCACAUGGACAUAAAGAUGAAAACCAUAGACACUGGGGAACAACAGGAGGGAGGAAUGGAGGGAGGGGGCAAGGGCUGAAUACUGGGGAACAAGAGGAGAGAGCAAGGGGGCAAGGACUGAAAAGCUACUGGGUACUACAGUCACUAUUUUGGUGAUGGAUUCAUUCAUACUCCAAACCUCAGCAUCACACAAUAUACCCAUGUGACAAACCUGCACAUGUACUGCCUGAUUCUAAAAUAAAAGUUGAAGAAAAAGUUCUUUAUAUACUCUAGAUACUAGAUGCUUAUCAGAUAUCUGAUUUGUAAAUCUUUUCUUCCUUUAUUAUGUAGACUGUUCUUUCACUUUGUUGAUAGCGUCCUUUGGUGCAAAAAUAUUUAACUUUUGAUGGCAUCCAAUGUAUUUGUAUUUCUCUUUUGUUGCUGGUGCUUUUGGUGUCCUAUCUAUGAAUCCACACCGAAUCCAAGGUCAUGUUUUCUUUUAAUAGUUUUAUAGAUUUGACUCUUAAAUGUAGGCCUUUUGACCCAUUUUAAAUUAAUUAGUGUAUGUGGUGUGAAGUAGGGGUCCAGCUCAUUCCUGUGCAUGUGGAUGUCUAGUUUCCCAGCACCAUUUGUUGAAGUACUGCUCUUCCUCCAUUGAAUGAUCUGGCACCCUGUCAAAAAUCAGUUGGUCAUCUACAUGAGGGUUUAUUUCUGGCUCUCAAUUCUAUUCCACUGGUUUAUACAUUUAUUCUAACAACAGUGCUAAACUGCCCUGAUGACUGCAGCUUUGUAGUAAGUUUUCAAAUUGGCAAGUGUGAGCCCUCCAACAUUGUUCUUCUUUUUAACCUUGUUUUAGCUAUUCCGGGUCCCUUGAGAUUCCACAUGAACUUUAAAAUCAGCCUGUGAAUUUCUACAAAGAAGCCGGCUGCUUUCCUGAUAGAGAUUGCAUAGACUCUGCAGAUCAAUUUUGGAGGUAUUGCCAUCUGAAAAAUGUUAAGUCUCCUGAUACAUGAACAUCAGUCUGCUUUUGGGCUGCCAUAACAAAAUACCACGGAUUUGGUGGCCCAACAACAGGCAUUUAUUUUCUCACAAUUCAGAAGUCCAAGAUCGGGUGCAAGCAACUUUAGUUUCUGGUGAGGGCUCUCUCUUUGGGUUGCAGAUGGCCGCUUUCCCACUCUUUGCUCACAUGGCCUUUCCUUUGUGUGUGGAGAGAGAAAGAGAUGGAGGGAGGAAGAGAGAGAGAGAGAGAAAGAGAGAGCGAGACAGAGGCAAAUGCUCCCUGGUGUCUCUUCUUAUGAAGAUGCAAAUCCUAUGGAAGCCCUUAUGACCUUAUGUAACCUUAAUUUCUUCCUUGGAGAACUCGUCUCCAUAUACAACCACAAUGGGAGUGAUGGAUUCAACAUAUGAAUUUGAAAGAACAUGAAUAUUCAGUCCACAACAAAUCUGGGAUGUUUUAGAUCUUCUUUAGUUUCUUUCAACAGUGUUUUGUCACUUUCAGAGUUGCAAGUGAGUAGAAAUACAAUUGAUUUUUAUAUAUUGGUCCUGUAUUCUGAAAACUUGCUGGAUUCAUUUAUUAGUUCUAUAAUCUAUAAAACACUGGCCGAGCACGAUGGCUCAUGCCUAUAAUCCCAGCAAUUUGGGAGCCCAAGGCAGGUGGAUCACAUGAGGCCAAGAGUUCAAGACCAGCCAGGCCAACAUGGUGAAACCUCAUCUCUACUAAAAAUAUAAAAACUAGCUGGGCAUGGUGGUGCAUGCCUGUAAUCACAGCUACUUGGGAGGCUGAGGUGGGAGAAUUGCUUGAACCAAGGAGGCAGAGGUUGUAGUAAGCUGACAUUGUGCCACUGCACUCCAACAACCGAGCGAGACCCUGUCUCAAAAAAAAAUCUAUAAAACAUUAGUAGCUCUUACAAAUUGACAAGUAGAAUACAAACAACCAAGUUUUGAAAAAGAUGAUUCUCUGAUAAACAAAUGGAAAUGUGCAAUUAAAAAUAUAAAAAGUAAAUCAGACUCACUGGUAGUCAGAUACACGGGAUCUUUUCUGUGGAGUCCUAAUGAUGGAAAAGGAGCCAGGUUGGUUGGACCAAGGGAAAGCAAAAAGAGAAGGCAGAUGAACUACAAGUCUGCCUUUCUUCAUGGUUCAGGACUUAGCCCUCCUAUGCAAAUAACUCACAUAACUCACAAUCUUCCUGCACUCAACUUAUGACCUCAGUUGAUAGAAAAAUGCAAAUUAGCUCACUGAAACCUUGGCAUUAUCAGCACUGCAUGUAACCCUCUCCGGCACAAGCACCAUCCUAUAAAAUCCCCAGCAAGCCUUUGUCUCCUGGCAGCCAGCUCCUCCCUUGCUGACCUGCCCUUUCCAUUCUUGCAACGUAUUUUCCUACAUUCUCUAAUAAAUCUGCCUUUCCUUACCUACAGUCUUGGUAAAUUCCUUUUCUGCCCACGCUAGUGGACUCAGUUAGUGGCUACCUGCAAUAUUUUAUAUCUACUAGACUGACAAAAAUUAACAAGAAUAAUAACACCUAUUGCUAGUGAAAUUGGGGGAAAAGGUACUCAUACAUUGUUCUGGGGAUAUAAUUUAUUAUAGUUUUUUGAAAAUAAUAUCUAAUAAAAUUAGGUAAUAUCAAUACAAUUAGUCUUGAAAUUACUGAAAAAAGAUUAAAUGUAAACAUAUUCAUGUAUACAUAUAUGGGUAUGAUCUAUUAUUUACAGUGUCAGAAAAAGAAUCCUAGCAAAUUGAAAAUUAAUACUAAAAGUCAUACCCACUAAAAAAUUAGAUUACACCUGUACCAGUGGACUUGGAGAAAUUUCCUCAAGGCUCUGGCUAGUGUGAAAUGUAGAUGCAGAGAAAUGAGCCCUGUAGGAUCCUCUUUUAGUAGCAAGCAAUAAAAAUAUUUUUUACACAUAUGUUGAGUGUGUGCCUGGGGUACAUAGGACAGUGGCUGGGUAGAGUGGGGAAGGUGUGUAGGAAUCAACAAAAAGAAAAUGACAGUGAAAAGUGAGUCCAGUAUGUGUGAUCCUACUUGUGGAAAAACUCCACAUAUAUGAAUAUGCAUGUUCGUAAAGAAACAUAGACUUAUAUCCAGAUCUACUUCCUAGGAGAGGCAACCAUGAUACAGGUUUUAGUGAAAAAAAUUAAGUUGCAAAGAAAUGUGGAUAAUAAAAUCCUAAUUGGUAGCAAUACCCAAUUGUGUAUGCGCAUCUAUUUUUUAUACAUUGUAUGUGCAAGUAGGAGGGUUGGGUGGGGGUGCCUGUGGGGCCCGGCACUGGGGGUGGCUUUUAUUGUUUUUUAAUUGUGUAUAUUUAAGACAUACAAUUCGAUGAUCUCAUAUAUGUCUACAUUGUGAAAUAAUCACCACAGUCAAGAUAAUUAAGAUAUCCACCACUUCACAUAGCUCUCUCUCUCUCUCUCUUUUCUUGGUGGUGACAACAUUUAGGAUCUACCCUCUCAGUAUGUUUUAAGUACAUAAUAAACACCAUGUUGUUACCUGUGGUCACUUUGCUAUGCAUUGGGUCUCCAAGCCUUAUUCAUCUUGCAGAACUGAAGCUUUGGACCCCUGGGCCAGCACCUCCUCAUUUCCCCUUUCCCUGCCUCUGGUUCCCAUGCUUGCACUCUGUGCUUCUGUGAGUUUCACUCCUGUAGACUCCAUGUGUGAGGGAGAGCGUGUGAUGUCUGUCUUUCUGUGUCUGCCUCUUUUCACCCUGUGUAAUGUCCUCCAGAUUCGUAUAUGUUGUUGUAAGUAACCAGAUCUCCUUCUUUUGAAAGCUGAAGAAUAUUCCAUAUAUACACGUAGAGAUGUAUGUAUAUAUUCCACAUUUUGAAAAAGUCAAAUACAUAGAAACAUAGAAUAGAACAGUGGUUACCAGGGUCUGGAGGAAGAAGGAAAGGGGGAGGAGGAGGUCAAGGGCUUGCAGUUGUGUAGGAGAGGGAGCCGAGCAGUCCAGUGCACAGUGCAAGGACUACAGGUGACAGUCAGGUGUUGUGUGUGGCAGGUGUGCUGAGAGAAGACUCCAGGUGCUCCUACCACACACACAUACACACACACUAACAUCGUACACACAUACUUACCCUCAUACACACACAUACACACACACACUCACCCUCAUACACAUACAUACAUACACACAGUCUCACACACAAUUAAAAACACACCUUACACACACUCAUACACACAUAAUCAUACAAACACACACACUCAUACACAUGCAUACACACUCAUACACA